AUGAAGGCCGCCGUCAUACUGUCCCUCGCCAGCUUCGUUCUCGGCUCUAUCUUCCAGAAGCGCGAGUGCAGCGGUAACAACUGCAACCGUCAGGUCACCGGUACCCGCCCGGGUCUCCUGCCCAUCAGCAGCCGCAAGGCCGACUGCACGUCCUUCCUCAAGACCACCGUCACCCCCUCCCCCACUACCGUCACCAUCACCGUCGAUUCUGCCCCUGAACGUAUCCGUCGCGACGGCCAGAUCGCCAACCGUCAGGUCACCGAGGUCCCCACCGCCAUCCCGGCCUACGCCUCCUCCUGCGACGACGGUGCCGAGUACUUCUCUGCCUGCUCGUGCUGGGGAAUCACCGCUGUUACCAGCACUGCUCCCCGCCCUACCGUCACCGUCACCACGACCGCCGACUCUUGCGAGGGGCCGACACUCGACACCCUCUUCUUCGGCCGCCACCUCCCUUGGUCCCUUCGUUGGCGACUCCUCGCCCUCCAGCCCGUAGUCUUUCUCUCAAACUCCCUAACCUUGGUCCCGAACCUCUUUCGACGACCCUAUACUGUCAUCCACAUACCCGUUAGCCCUGACCGCUUCCCACGCGCUCUCCUGUUCAAUGGAUCCGGCGUGGGGGGGCUGGUCGAAUCGGUCUGCGGCCCUUGCAAGUUGCAUGUUGACUGUCAUGCGGGCGGCUUCGUCGCUCCGUUUUGCUCGCUCGUCGCGGCAGAAACGGGAGCGGUCGCCGUCAGCCUGAGCUACCGCCUCGCGCCCGUACACCCCUUCCCAGCCGCCAUCGAUGAUGUCGACGCAGCGCUCGCGUGGCUGCGCGAGCAUGCCGCGGAGGACUUCGGCGCGGACCCGACGCUGAUGACCGUAUCGGGCGCCUCGGCUGGAGGCAACCUGGUCCUGGCGGCAGGUCAGGCGAUACCGCCUGAAGAGUUUUCCAUUCGCGCCGCGGUGACCUUUUACGCACCCAUCGGCCUUCGUCUCAGGCCGGAGGAUAAACCGCGCCCGGCAAAUUUCCCCAAGAAAGAUCCCAUGUCGUUCAUGCAGCCGCUGUAUGAUUCAUACGCGGCGCCGAUGAAAGCAAAGGAUUUGGAUGACCAGAGGAUGAGUCCGUUCUUGGCCAGCGAGGAGACGUUGCCCGAGAGAAUGCUGCUCGUGGUCGCUGGCAUCGACAUCCUUGUCCAAGAACAGUUGAUGUUCGUAGCGCGUGUCAAGAAAGAACGGGGAGAGAAGGGUAAGCCGGAGAGCAGCGUAGAGGCCGUUUAUCUGGAGGAAGCAUUCCACGGGUGGUUAGAAGUGCCCAACGCUGUGAUACCCAAGGAGAAGAAGAUGAUCAUGUGGGAUGAAGGCCUUGAAGCCAUUGAGCAAACCCAUGCGCAAUACGGCUAUCGGUGGGAAAAGGCAUCUUGA